AUGAGAAAUUAUUUGCCGUCAAUCAAAAAAGUUUCAGAUCUCAGGCCUUCGCAAUUAGUUUUGUCAAAGCUAAAAGGACAUACAGCUUAUGAUGAUACCAGAAAACCUGUGACGGCUGAAACCAAAGCUAUUUCCAUAGACUCUACUGAAUAUCAGAAAGACUCUAAUAAAAAAUUGAAUUUAUUGCGGUCUUGUCACAAUACUUUUAUCUCAAAUUUUUCGGUAAAGAGAGGCAUAAUGUCAAAAGACACAAAAUCUUUGGAAAGUAAAACAGCAGCAAGAGUAAAGGGAAUCAGCAGCGCAGUACAGCGAUAUCAAAGCGCAUACCGUAUUUACUCAAAAGAAUCUCAUGUAUAUCAAUGUGAUUUUUUCAAACUGAUGUAUUAUCCACCAGAACAUUUUCUAGCGAUGUUUAGAAAGAGCAAACCAGCUAUUAAUAUAAGGACCGUUGGACAGAUAUUUUUGAAUGGUAAUAUCAGCAAAAACAGCAUUAAAAAUGUUCAAUCAUCAUUUAAAGAUAAACAAUAUGGUUUUCCAAAGACGUUGAAUAGUUUAUUUCAAAAUAACCCGUGCAAUACACCAAGUAAUUACGCAUUUCUAAGAAGACAGCUUAAAAUAAAGCUAAAAAAUUGUUUUUUCAGUGAGUGGUGCAGGAAAAAUGGUACAAAAGGCGUUGAUGAAACUAUUUUAUCUCAAAAACUAAAUUCUUGCGACAAAAGCACUUGGAAAUAUUUGGAUACACAAAAUCGCACCCUGCCAGGAGUAGCAAAAGACGGGUAUUAUUCAUAUCAGGUAUUUAUAUUUCCAGACAAACAUACGAUACGUGAAUUUGAAGCUAACGUCAUUGAAAGUGUUGCCGCAGUAGCAAACCUAGAAUGGGAUAAAUUUUUAAAACCUCAUAAAUGCAUCAAGGGUAAUUAUAAUAAAACCUGGGUCCAAAUUGCUAACGAUCGAAUUAAAACUGAUACGCUAAACAAGUUUCUGAAAAGUUCGGAAAUACCUUAUUUAUUGAAUUGA